UACAGAUACUUGUACAAUACUGAAAAACAUAGAUACCUACACUGGAACCAUGAAGUACAUUGCGCUGCUGGUCCUCAGUCUGAUAUCAACUUCAUGGACACAAAUUACAUGGACAGUGUUGAAAGCUGCUGCAGGGAAAAGUAUCACUGUCCAAUUUCCAUGGAAAUGGGACCAAAAACAUCCUGUAAUGUGGUGUAAAUCAUAUUCAGAAAAUGCAUGCGAAUUUAUAGUAAGAAUUGAAAAAUCCAUGAACAAUAAUUUUCAUUGUGCAACAUCCAUCUCUUACAUCAAUGGGUCAAUUUCUGUCACCAUGCAACAACUUCAGGAGAAAAAUACAGGAACGUACUGGUGUGGAGCACAAAACCAAGAUUCCAUCAUUGUUUCAGAUGUUAUAUUACUGAAGGUUUUUACAGAUUCAGAGGAAUCCAUUCCAACAGAGACCUACAAUUUAAUGCAAAAUACCACUAUUGUAUCGUGUCUCUACACGCAACAGGAGAUACACUAUAAGAAAUUCUUCUGUAAAGUAACCUCUGUAAAUAAUUGCACUGUUAUCGCCAGCUCAGAUAAAACUAUUGGAAAUGAGUAUAAAGGGAGAAUUCUAAUCAUGACAAACAAGUCUCAAAAUCUUACUGUUAUCAUGAGCAAUAUCACUAAAGGAGAUAAAGGACAGUACUGGUGUGGAUCAGUAAAUAUAGAUGACGUAAAGAUCACACAAAUCCUAACAAUUGCUAAUGUGGGAAUUCCAGCAAUUUCCAGUGACAACCUAAGUAAUACCACCCUGCAAAUAUGGCACAUCAUCAUCCCUGCUUUGCUGGGACUGUUAACCUUAUCGCUACUGAUUCUGUUUCUGUGGAAAAGAAAAGAGACAAAAAGGGCAGGAAAUGAUGUUAAGAAUGAAAAUCCAGAAACUCCAGACAUGACCAGUAAGUCUGACAGGAUAAUGAAAGACGCCGUCACUUAUUCCAAUGUGACCCUUCAGCCUUCUGCUCAAACAAUGGAAGAUUCUGGAACUUAUGCUAACUUAAAGGAUUUGAAAGAGCAAAAGGGUAGCAUCAAGAUCAAUUCUUCGGAAUCAGUGGAAUAUGCGGCAUUGCAAUUCAAAUCUUAGAGCAAUUACCUUCUGGAUUCAAAGACAACGCUCUAUUUAUUCCUUAAACCUUAAUUUUAAAAACAGUCAGCAAUUGGAAUAGCACCAGAGAGAGAAACAUUUUAUCUUCUGGGAGCAGACCACCAGACGGGGACUACUAUAAGUCUGGUGUCAAACCCAUCACCAUUGGCAUUUUACAAGCAGUAGAGUGGUGUCUGUAAUGCUGCCUGGUCUUGAGACAAAUAAGAGCCACAUAGUUAGAGUUCACAGCACAGAAAGAGGCCAUUUGGCCCAUUGUCGAGUGGUGCAGACGCAAUCAUGUAUCUAAUCCCGAAAUCGGGCACUUGGCUCAUAGCCUUGUUUGCAAUUGUGUUAAAUGAUCAUCUAAUUACAUUCAAAUCCCACCUCUACCAAACUAAAGACUAUGAUUUCCCAGAUACCCACUACUAUUAGCGAAGAGCUUUCUUUAAGCCCCGUCUAAAUCUCCUGCUCCUUACCACAAAUCUAUGCCCUCUGGUUAUUGACCCCUCUGCUACCUCCAAUCUACGCUCCUCAAUUUUAUGCAAUCCAGUUCCUGCUCAGUCUUCUCUGCACAAAAGAAAACCGCCUACUUAGUCUUUCUUCACAGCUCCAGCCCAGACAAUAGUCUGGUGAAUCCCCUCUACACCUUCUCUAGCGUUUUCAUACCCUUCCAACACUGUAGUGACCCAGAACUGCACACACAAUUCCUGUUGGGGCCUUGUUGAUCUUUGACAGAGAUCCAAAGUAACCUCCUUACUCUUGUAUUCUAUGCCUUGACUAAGGUCUAAUGCCUCCACCCAUCCCUUCAAUUAUUCUCCCAUGGCAAAUCCUGCAAGCUUUGCACUGGAUGAGGUGGGCAGACCUUCUGUACAGGCAACGUAUGCUCAACAGAGCAACGCCCACUCCCUCCCCACCCCAAUCGCUUUCUUCUCUCAGUACCCCCAUGUCCUCCUCUACAGAGCACUGACCCAGUCAAAACCCUCUUUCAGUUCUUCAAUCUGAUCCUUGACUCCACAAUCUUGGGAACUGCCUACAGUCCCAGCACUGGCUGCAGCCUGUGGUAACUCAGCUUGGGCUAAAGAGCUGCCAACAUUCUGACUAGUCAACAGCUCUCAAAAUGGAUGACUUCCUCCUCAGGUAGAGAAGGAAUCUCACUGAGCUGAUCACCAGUCAUGAAAUCACUUUACGACAAUCUAAAAGAGGGCUCACCCAACAUUUAAGAUGGUGAGAUGUGACCACAAAUUCAAAACUAAAUUCCACCCAAGAUUUCAGUUCAGGUAAUUGGUCUGAAACGCUAACUACCUAUCUUUCCAACUGCUGUAGCACUGACCUACAUUUGCUUGUCAUCACUCUAAACAUAUAAUUUUUUCAGACAUUCCAAAAUCACUUAUUAAAUAGUAAAUAAAAUCUAUGGCAGAUCUAUCAAAAUCCCGUUUUCAGCUGAGUCUGAAUGUACUUUAAGACCUCACUUGAUUUUCCUUUGCACUCUGCAUCUUCCAAGAGGGUAGGCUAAUGUCCCAAUAGUUUGAAGUGCUGCAAAUGGAAGUGCAGAGAAGCAGUCCACUGUUCCCUUUCUUCAUGUGCAAGAACAUCCUCAGAUCAAUGGCUUGCUUUGCUGAUAAACUGAGAUCAGCAUGUGAAGAAUUACAGCUUUGAAAUCCAUGAUGCUCCUGCAGAGAAUUAAAGAUUCAUCGGUUCUACCUCAAGCUGCGAUUCCAUCUCAAAUAUUAUGUCAAUUUGUUUUCUACCUUUGAGUGUGCUGCUUGGAAACAUUGCUAAUGCCUUGGAACUAUAUAGUGUAUAUAGCUAAACCAAUAUUAAUACACAAGAAUGCCAGUGCUUACAAUAGCAAGUUCAAUGAAAUGCCUAAACAAGAACAGCAUUUUAAAAAGCAGGGAUUCUUUGUCCUAUGCAAUUUUCACCAAGUAAUUCCUGCAUUUUGUUUUAUUGAUUUCCAGCAACUGCACUUUCACUUCUACUAAAUGUAAUGUGCAAUUUCAUUUGUUAAUCAGAUAGAACUCCACACAAAAACAAAUUUUAAAAAAUAUUUUCCCCAAGUUAUAACAUAUCAAAAUAAUGGA